AUGAGUUCUUGGGUUAGCCGAUAUCUCAUAAUCAUCAUCUUCACUUUGAUUUUGCAUGGACGUUGUGGAGCUUCGGACAACAAUAAGCUCCAGCAAGAGGAAGUGAGAGCACUGAAGGAGAUAGGGAAGAAGCUAGGGAAGAGAGACUGGGACUUCACUAAAGAUCCGUGUAGUGGUAAAGGGAAGUGGGUCGUCACCACUUGCGAUUGCUCAUUUCCGCCGCUUAACUCAUCUUGUUCUGUUAUCAAAAUAGCCCUGAAGUCGCAGAACCUAACGGGCAUCGUCCCUCCUGAGUUCUCCAAGCUUCGUAACCUGAAAGUUUUAGACCUUAGUCGUAACUAUCUGACUGGUUUUAUUCCAGAGGAAUGGGCUUCUUCUAUGCGCUUAGAAGAUUUAUCUUUCAUGGGGAACAGAUUGUCUGGUCCAUUCCCAAAAGUCCUAACCCGCCUUACAACUCUCAGAAACUUGAGCCUCGAAGGAAAUCUGUUUUCAGGACAUAUCCCUCUUGAGAUUAAAAACAUGAUUCAUUUGGAGAGACUUCAUCUUUCGUCAAAUGCUUUCACUGGCCCAUUGCCCGAAGAACUUGCAUUGCUCAAGAACUUGACUGAGAUGCAGUUGCAUGGUUCAGGUUUGGAUGGUCCGAUACCUUCUAGUAUUUCAACCUUAACCAGCUUGACCGACCUAAGGAUUAGCGACUUAGGAGGAAAACCGUCUCGUUUCCCUGCAUUGAAUACCUUGGGAUCUAUCAAGAUACUGAUACUGAGAAAUUGCAACUUAAAUGGCUCGCUUCCAGAAUAUAUUGGGCAGCUGAAGAUGCUUAAAACACUUGACCUCAGCUUCAAUCUACUAACCGGUGAGAUUCCUUCAACGUUUGAAAACCUGAAGAAAGCGGAUUUCAUUUAUUUGACAGGAAACAAGCUGACAGGAGCUAUUCCAAGCUACUUCGUUAAUAAAAACAAAAACGUGUACGACAUUGCCUCUGCUGAACUUUCAUUUUACCACUUAACAGAGAUUUCAGAAACUGUAUUUAUUCUUCUUGAUAUGUGCAGUGAUGUUUCUUACAACAACUUUACCGAUGCAAGUUCAAUUCUCGGGAGUAUAUGCAGCGAGGUUACCUCACACAAGGAAUCAUCAUGUUACCUUCACCACAUCCCUUGUCGUCUUCCUAAGAGAGAUUAUAAGUAUAACUUGUACAUAAACUGUGGAGGAGGUGAACUUAGCGUGGAUAAAGGAAUAAUAUAUGAGGCUGACAAGAAUCCGAAAGGUCCUUCUAUGUUCUUCACUGGCCAUAACAAGCAUUGGGCGUUUAGCAGCACUGGGAACUUCAUGGACAGUAAUGGGGAUGAUUUAGAUGAUUACACUGUACAGAACGCAUCCAUAUUAUCCGUUAAUGCUUCCUGUCUCAGCUCUGGGCUCUACAGAACAGCUAGAAUUUCUCCUUCAUCAUUAACGUACUACGGACUCUGCAUGGGAAAUGGUAACUACACUGUACACCUCCACUUGGCUGAAAUCAUCUUCACGGAUGACAAAACAUUUUUUGGCAUCGGAAAGCGCUUGUUCAAUAUUUAUCUGCAGGAUAAGUUAGUGAUUGAAAACUUCAAUAUUCAAGAAGCAGCUGGUGGAUCCGGGAAGCCAGUCAUAAAAUCGUUUCCAGUGAAUGUAACGGACCAUAAUCUGAAGAUCGGCUUGCGGUGGGCUGGGAAAGGGACAACAGGCAUUCCAACAAGAGGAGUGUAUGGUCCUAUGAUAUCAGCCAUAACAGUGGAACCAAAUUUCAAACCACCAGUGUACUAUGACAAGAAAGAGAUCUUACUAAAAGCAGGGAUACCUGUUGCAGCCGCACUUCUUUUAUUGCUCAUAUUUGGUAUAUUCUUGAAGAAUAGACGUGACAAAAAGGAUAACAAAAGGGCUAAUGAAAUAGAGCUAAGGAAUUUAAAUCCUCAAACUGGAAGUUUCACUCUACAACAGAUAAAAACAGCUACCAAUAAUUUUGAUGUAGCAUUAAAGAUUGGUGAAGGUGGAUUUGGCCCUGUUUACAAGGGUGUACUGCCAGAAGGAAAACUGAUUGCAGUAAAACAAUUGUCAGCAAAAUCAAGGCAGGGAAACCGCGAGUUUGUAACUGAGAUUGGAAUGAUCUCAGCUCUGCAACAUCCAAAUCUUGUGAAGCUAUACGGUUGUUGUGUUGAAGGAAACCAAUUGAUAUUGGUGUAUGAGUAUCUAGAGAACAACUGUCUAUCUCGUGCUCUCUUUGGAAAGGAUGUGAAUGCUAGGCUGAAACUAGACUGGUCAACGAGGAAGAAGAUUUGUUUGGGGGUAGCUAAAGGACUUACAUUCCUCCACGAAGAAUCUAGGAUAAAGAUUGUACACAGAGAUAUAAAGGCGAGCAACGUGCUACUCGAUAAGGAUCUCAACGCCAAGAUCUCCGACUUUGGAUUGGCAAAGCUGAACGAUGAUGGAAACACUCACAUCAGCACUCGUGUUGCAGGAACUGCGUAA